UUGCUUUCUCCCAUUCUAGGAAUCAGUGGAAGUGGUAAGACAGAGAUAGCAAAACGAUAUUGGCAAGAAAAUAAAGCAAAAUAUGAAGUGAGUUGGUUCGUACACAGUGCUACAGAACAGGAUAUUUAUAAUGGCUUGAGACUGUUCAAUCGAUUCGAUGCUGUUGAUCCAGACCUUGCGUUCUUACUGGACGAAAUCAACACCUUCAUGAGAAAGGAUACCAGCCGAAAAUUCCUUUUGAUAUUUGAAGAUGCCACAGAAAAAACUCAACCGAUCAUUCAGCGCAACUUCCAAGCAGCUAAGAAUAUAACAGUGAUUUUAACAACUCAAACACGCCAAUUUAGUAACUCUGGUGUCUUCCAGGAAGUAAAGGGUUUUACACAAGAUGAAAUCUUGACAUUUCUGAAAGACGUAGAUGAUACGCCCAUGCUCAAGAAGAAACUUGGAGAUCAAAUAAGUCGAUUACCAUCUGCAAUGGCGUGUGCAGAGUACGAUAUAAGAAACCAGAAGACUUCGAUAAAUGAUUAUCUAAGAAGCGUAAAUGAUGUCGAUAUUCGUGUCAUGCUCGAGAAGAGAACACAAAACGCCCUUGGAUAUGAUUAUAAUACGAGAGGCUUCGUAAAAGCUCACGUUAUGAGUGUCAUGAAUAUGAUGGAUGAAUUGAAAAAUGAUAACGAUAUUGCGGACGACAUUGCAACUGGACUUUGUUUGGUUUUCAAAUCGAUAGCAUACAUGGACUCUAAAGCGAUCCCCGUUUUUAUUCUGCAAACGCUUUUACGAAUUUUUCUCGGCAGGAUCAAACCACUGGCAAAACAUCAAAUUGAACACUAUGUUGAGCAUUUGAUUAACAUGAUGCUCAAUCGAUUUUAUGCUACCGUAUUCAAAGAGCAUGAUAAUCGGCUGAUAGACAUCCACGAUCUAGUACAGUUAGCAACUCGUUCAAUACACGCGGAUGCUCAUGUUCGCCACGAUCCACUCGAAAAACUUUUAAAAGCACUCUAUUGCUACUUUUCCAAGGAUACGGGAUACAUGAGAUACUACAAGAAAAAUCUUCUGUUGAUACCGCACGUUGAGAAAGCUUUGGAUCGAGCUCAUCAAUUGAGGAGUGACAGCGAACUUGAAGGUCCUGGACAGAAACGAACAUUUCUAGCAUUUCAGGAGAUAGCAUUGCUAGAUAUACUUGGAUAUGUGUAUGCUAAAUGUGGGCAAUUCAUACAAUCGGAAGAGAAGCUUAAAAGAGCAAUAGGCUUGUUUAGUUCCGUUCUUGGUGUCAGCGAAGAAGACCUUAUCAAGACCCCCGCAGAGAAUAUAUAUGAUAAACUGACAGAGGUGAUUGGUGCUCAGGAACCAGAUUUCAGUGUUUUUGACAACUUUAUACUUGGAACAGUUUUAAAUCAAGCCGAUAUCGACCAGCUAAAACACCUAUCUGACAGAUUACCAAAGCUCGGAACCCAUAUCGAUAAGGACAAUUACAACAAGUUGGUUGAAGACGGUCUGGCGAUACCCGAGGAAAAGUUGAAACUUGUUUAUGUACAGGAACUGUUUGCCUCUGUGUUUUAUGCGUAUGGACGUCUGUAUUUUUACGGCCGAGAGAAAUUCCACACCGAAAUGAAUAUAAAUAAUGCCAAAAAGCUUAUUGACUGUUUACACCUUGCCCAUAAAGUUUGUAGAGUCAUCUCUGAGAAAAGUGGAGUCGAUGUCUUCCACACUGUUCUUACAAAACGAAGUGCGUUAUUUUAUCUUUACUCUGAAGACAAAAACACAGAUGGUACAGAUAAAACGCGGGAAAAAGCACUAAGUGAUCUGUAUGAAGGAAAACAAGAUUACGAACAGCUGGUAUCCGAGGGAAUGUCAAAUCAAUGGUUUCAAUGGGGCAUUCUAAAGGUGGUAAAGAAUGACCUUCACCAUAGCAGCAUAUGUCGGGAAAAGCUUCUCCAUAUCUGUCGGAAAUUAUUGGACAAUGAAACGGACGUGACGAAAAGAAGACAAAUUGAGGAGUGUGGAAGAACGACCUUAGAAGCUCUAAAAAAAGACAUAAGGAAUCAAGAACAAGGGGAUUUGACACUGCAAAGAGGGGCGGAUUAUAUGUUGAUCUGUGCUGAGUUCAACCACACUUUGGGAGAUUGGUCCCUUGCCAUGGAUGACUAUACGGAUACCAUUAAAAGAUACAAGGUACUCGCUUAA